AUGUUCUAUGCUCCACUGUAUCAGAUAUGCUUAUUGAUGUUGAAUACUCUGGUCCUAUGUAUUGCUUUUGAGGAUACUGUACCCAGAUUUCCAACGUAUUAUGGAAUGAAUCAGACGAUGAACAAAAUUAUCGGCACUAUUUUAAUCGUCAGUGUAGUACUGUGUCACGGCAAGCGAGAACGUUUUCAUUUCCGUGGGCCAUCGAUACCGCCACCGCCACCAUAUCUCGAUGAAGUUAAUGGGACAGCAUGUCUGGAAUACCUCGACAUAAUAGCAAACAAGAGCCUUACCAUCGCACAACAAAAGAAGGAUGUACAAGCUUGGGCAGCGAAAUACGACGUCACGGGUAUUGUGAAUGAAUAUAACACAAAUAUGACCAAAACGAUGGAGGAGGCAAGGAAGAACGUGACUGAACUGAUCAGCAAGCUGCCAACAGUAUUGCAAAUGGCCUACGAAAUAAUGGACAACGAAGGCCAAACUGUAUCUCAACAGCGCCACGCUUAUGCUAAUCUGAGCGCACGAUAUCCAAAGGAGUACCGCGUGAUUGAAUAUACAUUCCAACUAUUCCUACCUGACUGUGGUUGUGGUGGUGAACAUGACGGACGUGGCAGAAGUCGCGGCCCACAGCCGCCUGAACUAGAAAAAAGUAAUUACGAGUUCGUCAUGGAUCCACGAGAUGGGGAUGAAAUCGAAGUUAUCGACCCAGUUUCUCCGAGUAUUGCAAGACGUGAUCGAAAAGGUUUUAAAGAAAGGCUCGCGGUUUUGAAGAAUAUUUCGGUGAGGGAACGAUCGCGGUAUGAAGCAGUGAUAGGAGGACCUUAA